AUGGUCGCGCUGGCGGUCGGGGCAGGGCUCCGGGGGCGGGGAAAACGCCCUCUCGGCUGGCGCCCGGCGUGGCUCCGGGGCUCCGGGGCUCCGGGGCUCCUCUCCCGCCGCCCGGCUCCCCUCGGCCCACGGCAGGGCCCGGGUGUCCUGGGCUGGCAGCGAAGCUCGGAGCUCUGGGCGUGCGGCGGCUGCGGUGGCUCCUGGGCUCCUCCGUCCAACCGGGGCCGCGGAGCCUCUACGCGCACCCCAUCCCCCUCCCGGCUGCGGAGUCUGGCGGCGGCGGGGACUGCUCGGGACCCGGACCCCUGGCGCCUUUCGUCCCCUGUCCCCAUUGUGACCUGUCUCUUGGCCCCGGAGCCCUCCCGCCCCACCCGCGCCGGGGUCUCCAGCGCGAAGGGCUCAGUCUCUGGUGUCCCCGGCCUGGGGCUGGCAAGCUGGGUUAGGAGCUAUGACCUUGGGGCAAAUAGGGAUACGAUCCUAGAGGCGCAGGGGAGCGCGCAGCAUGAGUGCUGAGAGGCACGCGCCCUCUGCUGCACGGCCGUGGAAUAAAACGAGACAGCGGCGCCACAGUCCCCUGCCCGCAGCCCACGCUCGGGCGAGCCUGGAGGAUUGCAUUUCCUCGUAGGCUGGCAGAGCCUUACAUGAAGCGCUCAUCUUCUCCUACUUUCCUCCUCUUUAAAAAAUUAACGUGGGUGAGGAGACGUCCUAGUUGAGUACAUAUUGAUUUGAAAUAACCAAAACUUUUAACAAAUCACUUUUCUCAGAAGAAUCCAGUAAGAGAAAGAUAAUUUCUUCCAAAGACAUGAGACGUUCCCUGGCUGGCCAAGAAAAAUUGGCAUCUGGCAUACCUAGGAAUCAUUCAAAAUAGUUUAAUAGGAAGGACAUUUUGAGGCCAGCCAGCAUUAUGACAUUUGUGGGUCCUACGGCAUUUCACCUUGGAAACAUUUUCCUGGGCAUCUAAAAGUAUUGUGGACCUGAGACACUGUGCUUACAGGGCCUACUGGUUUUCACUGUAUGAGACUGAGAAUGGAUUACGGCAGUUCCUCUUACCUCCGCUGCAUACUUGACUCCAUCCACGGUGUGCUCAGAGCCAUGAUCAUCCGAAGAGCCCCAGUGAAGAUGAAACUGGCGAAGUCGGUAGGGUCCAGGGAGAGGACCCCCUCUCAGCACUGUGAUUCAGAUAAGCUUGGUCAACAGUGAAUUCAUGCUUCUUUUACAGAGCUCUACUUUAACCAAGUGCUCUUAGAGCCAAGGCUUAAUGGACAAAAUGUGGUCAGUUUGCUGGGUGGAUGGUGCCACUCCCAGGACACUGGACUCCUCACAAAAUGAAGUCUGGGGAUAUGUCAAGAUAAAUGAUUGUUCUUUUCUGUCUUUCUUAUUUUGUUUGCUUGUUUCAUUAUUAUUGAAACAUCAUUUUAACAUUUAGGAAAGCAAAAUGAAAACAACAGAUAGACAAUGAGGAUGCAUACACCAAAAGAACAGGUCAGUAGUGUGGUGCAGUGGGAAGAACUGGACAGUUGAGAACCAGGUGGAUGUAGGUUUCCAAUGCUGGCUUCACCCCUUGCUAGUUCUGUGGUCUCAGGCAAGUUGCUAAACUUCUCUGAACCCACUUUCACAUCUCUAAGAAGGUGAUAAUAAUACCAAACUUUCAGAGCUGCUGUGAAGAUUAACUGAGAUUAAGCACCUUAAAGUGCUCAUCAUAGUGCCUGCAUGAUGAUCACUGAGCAGAUGUGAAUUCCUUCUCCACGUGUUGCUUCCAACUACACUUUUCUUCAAGACAACGAGCAAAAACUUUCAUCUACGUCUAAUUUAGACUGUGUCUAUUCAAAUGAGAUGAAAUGGAAAAUUCAGAAAUUUCCCAGAAAACCAAUCAAUGUGGAUGAUUAAACUAGAUAAUUCUCAGCAGCAUUAAUUUGGGCUUGUUGAUAAACAUCUCAACCCAUUGCAGAGUGAUUUAGAGGUUCAAAUGUCUUCCAAAGUAUAUUGGAAACUAUGCAGAAACCCUAAGAUCAAGAUUUGGCAAUAUAAGCUAGAUCAAAAUAGAAUUCAGAGCAUAGCUAUUUUAGAAGAGGUUGCCCACACUAAGUGGCCCAGGGAAAGCCAUAAACAUAGACCUCAAACAAUGAGGCUAGGCCUAUAUGAGUUUGUUCAGGUAGAAAUGGAGUGGUUCAAUUCAUUGCAUUUUUCCUGUCCAACCACUCAGAACAGUUAUAGGGACAUGUGAGUCCAAUUUAUUAGAAGAAACUAUAUGAAAUUGACAAUAUUCAACUAUUUUUGCACACAAAAAUGGCAUUUUCAUAUGGUUCAACCUAAUAGGUAUGUUUAAUUUUGUUAUGUUGCUUUCAAAAUGGUACUUGAUAUAUAAGGAGAAGGGGAAAAAAAGGAAACAAUAGCAAUACGAAACCACUGUUUAAGAAAAUUUAAAUUUCUGUAACUUGGAACCUCCUGGUAGGUAGGAAUUAUGAAUAUCAUUCUUCAUUACAACAUCAUUAAGAAUGUUCAUUUAUGUAUAUCAAUAAAUAUAACUUUAUUAGAAAUGGGGCUAUAAGGAAUUAUUUUGCUGUAUAUCAAGCACCAAAAUAUUAAAGGAAGAUUCUUUCUUACCUCAUUUAUCGUGAAAUAAAGUAUUUCUGACUAGCCUU